GAAAAGGCCAGUUCUCAGCUGGGGUUUUCCACAAAGAUCUUCUGAGAAGCAAAUCUAGACCAGAAGGUGAAAGAAGAAAUGGCUAGUUCGCAGGGACAGCUGACCUUCAGGGAUGUGGCCAUAGAAUUCUCUCAGGAGGAGUGGGGAUGCCUGAACCACAGUCAGCGGGAUCUGUACAGGGAUGUGAUGUUAGACAACUAUGGACACCUCCUCUUCUUGGGUCUUGUUGUGUCAAAGCCAGACCUGGUCAUCUUUUUGGAACAAAAGGACAUCUGGGAUGUGAAGAGAAAGGAGAAGGAAGCCUCAUACCCAGCUAUAUUUUCACAUGACACCCAGACAUUCCUGCCAAAGCCAUGCCUAGAAGCUUCUUCCCAAAAAGUGUCAAUGAGUAGCUACAAACAUAGUUCCCUUGAGAAAGGACACUUAAUGACAGACUGGAACAAGGAUUCGGAGAGUGAAGGCCAUCAAAGACAUCUGGGGACUCCUUUUCUAGAGAAUGAUUAUGAAUGUAAUAAAUAUGGGGAAGUCUCUUAUCAAAGCACCAACCUUAUUACACACAAGAGUAUCCCUACAGGAAAGAAUCCUUACAAAUAUAAUGAAUGUGGGAAAAUUCUUAACCAGUCCUCCAAUGUUGGCGAUCAUCAGAGGAUUCAUGAGGGAGAAAUCCAUGACAGAGGUAAUAAACCAGGGAACAUGUUUAGUCAUUCAUCAAAACUAAAUACACAUAAGACAAUUGGUACUGGAGAGGAAAGGUGUAUAGGUAACGAAUGUGUCAAAGCAUUUGACCUCCAGCAAAUGCAUACUGGACAGAAACCUUACAAAUGUGAAGAAUGUGCCAAAACCUUUAAAUUGUGCUCAGUCCUUACUCAACAUCUGGUAACUCAUACUACAGAAAAGCCUUAUAAACAUAGGGACUAUGGCAAUGUCUUUAACCAGAUCUCAACCCUUACAGAAGACAACAGAAUUCAUACUGGAGAGAAACUUUACCAAUGAAAAGAAUGUGGCAAGCCCUUUCACUGGCCCUCAGACCUUAUUCCACACCACAGAAUGCAUACUGGAGAGAAACCUUACCAAUGUAAAGAAUGUGGCAAGGCCUUUAACAAGCACUCGAUCCUUACUCGACAUCACAGAAUUCAUACUGGAGAGAAACCUUACCAAUGUAAGGAAUGUGGCAAGGCUUUUACCCAUCACUCAGCUCUUAGUAGACAUCACAGAAUCCAUACUGAAGAGAAACCUUACAAAUGUCAACAAUGUGGCAAGGCCUUUAAUUUGGCCUCAGAACUUAUUCCACAUCACAGAAUCCAUAUAGGACAGAAACCUUACCAAUGUAAAGAAUGUGGCAAAGCCUUUAACUGGCCCUCAGGCCUUAAUCGACAUCACAGAAUCCAUUCUGGAGAGAAACCUUACCAGUGUAAAGAAUGUGGUAAGGCCUUUCACUGGCCCUCAGCCCUUAGUAAGCAUCACAGAAUCCAUACUGGAGAGAAACCUUACCAAUGUAAAGCAUGUGGCAAGGCCUUUAGAUACCGCUCAACCUUUACGGAACAUCGCAGAACUCAUACUGGAGUGAAACCUUACAAAUGUAAAGAAUGUGGCAAAACCUUUUACCGCCAGUCAAGCCUUACUGAACAUCAAAGAAUUCAUACUGGAGAGAAACCUUAUCAAUGUAAAGAAUGUAGCAAGGCCUUUAGGUUCCUCUCAACCUUUACAGAACAUCGCAAAACUCAUACUGGAGUCUCACCUUACAAGUGUGAAGAAUGUGGCAAAACCUUUUACCGCCACAAAAGCCUUACUGAACAUCACAGAAUCCAUACUGGAGAGAAACCUUACCAAUGUACAGAAUGUGGGAAGUUCUUUACUCACCGCUCAAACCUUACUGAACAUCACAAAAUCCAUAUUGGAGACAAACCUUACCAAUGUAAAGAAUGUGGCAAGUCCUUUCAAGGGCACUCACACCUUACACGACAUCGCAGAAUUCAUACUGGAGAGAAACCUUACCAGUGUAAAGAAUGUGGCAAGGCCUUUAACCAGCAUGCAUCCCUGACUCAACAUCACAGGAUUCACACUGGAGAGAAACCUUACCAAUGUAAACAAUGUGGCAAAGCUUUUAGGCACCUCUCAACCCUGACUGGACAUUACAGAGUUCAUAGUGGAGAGAUUUACAAAGGUAAAGAAUGUGGCAAGGCCUUUACCCAGCACUCAUCCCUGACUGAACAUCACAGAACUCAUGCUGGAGAUAAACCUUACCAAUACAAAGAAUGUACGAAAACUUUUCAUCACUUAACUAUCCUUACUAAACAUGUAGCAGUUCAUCCUGGAGACAACCCUUACAAAUGUGAAGAAUGUGGUAAACCUUACAACCAACACUCACCUCUUACCGAACAUCACAGAACUCAAACUGGAGGGAAACCUUACCAAUGUAAAGAAUGUGGCAAGUCCUUUAACCGGCCUUCUGUCCUUAAAAAACAUCACAGAAUCCAUACUGGAGAGAGACCUUACCAAUGUAAAGAAUGUGGCAAAGCCUUUAACUGGUACUCCGCCUUUAAUCACCAUCACAGAAUCCAUACUGGAGAGAAACCUUACCAAUGUAAAGAAUGUGGCAAGGCCUUUAUUCGAUCCUCAACCCUUAAUGAGCAUCACAAAACACACACUGGAGAGAAACCUUACGAAUGUAAAGAAUGUGGCAAAUCCUUUACCCAAAUCACAAACCUUUACAACCAUUACAGAAUCCAUACUGGAGACAAACCUUACCAAUGUAAAGAAUGUGGCAAGGCCUUUAACCAAUCCUCCAUCCUUCAUCGACAUCACAGAAUCCAUACUGGAGAGAAACCUUACCAAUGUAAAGAAUGUGGCAAAGCCUUUAAGUUGCUCUCCAUCCUUGAUGAACAUCAAAGAAUCCAUACUGGAGAGAAACCUUACCAAUGUAAAGAAUGUGGCAAAGCCUUUAACAAUUCAUCCAACCUUCAUCGACAUCACAGAAUCCAUACUGGAGAGGAACCUUACCAAUGUAAAGAAUGUGGCAAGGCCUUUAAGAACCACUCAGCUCUUAAUCGACAUCACAGAAUCCAUACUGGAGAGGAACCUUACCAAUGUAAAGAAUGUGGCAAGGCCUUUAAGAACCACUCAGCUCUUAAUCGACAUCACAGAAUCCAUACUGGAGAGGAAACUUACCAAUGUAAAGAAUGUGCUAAGGCAUUUACCCACAUCUCAACCCUUUACAACCAUUACAGAAUCCAUAAUGGAGAGAAACCUUACCAAUGUAAAGAAUGUGGAAAGGCCUUUAAAUGGCCCUCAGAUCUUAAUCGACAUCACAGAGUCCAUACUGGGGAGAAACCUUACCAAUGUGAAGAAUGUGGAAAAGCCUUUAAGUCCAGGUCAGACCUGUACAUACAUCACAGAAUCCAUACUGGAGAGAAACCUCACCAAUGUGAAGAAUGUGGAAAAGCCUUUAAGUCCAGGUCAGAACUGUACAUACAUCACAGAAUCCAUACUGGUGAUAAACCUUACCAAUGUAAAGAAUGUGGUAAGGACUUUAACCAGGCCUCAAACCUUUACAGACAUCACAGAAUCCAUACUGGAGAGAAAUCUCACCAAUGCAACUAAUGUGGCAAGGCCUUUAUCCAACACUCACACCUUAUUAGACAUCAGCGAGUGCAUACUGGAGACAAACCUUACAAAUGUGAAGAAUGUAGUAAAACCUUUAAUUAUGGCUCAUCAGUAAAUGGACAUAAACUAAUCAGUACUGGCGAGGAACCUUACCAAUGUAAAGAAUGUGGCAAGGCCUUUAACUGGCCCAGAGCUCUUAAUCAGCAUCACAGAAUCCAUAGUGGAGAGAAACCUUACCAAUGUAAAGAAUGUGGCAAGGCCUUUAAAUUGCCCUCAGCUCUUAAUCGACAUCACAGAAUCCAUACUGGAGAGAAACCUUACAAGUGUAAAGAAUGUGGCAAGGCCUUUACUGGAUCCUCAGCCCUUAAGGAGCAUCACAGAAUCCAUAGUGGAGAGAGACCUUACAAGUGUAAAGAAUGCGGCAAGGCCUUUAUGCACUACUCAAAACUUACUCGACAUCACAGAGUCCAUACUGGAGAGAAACCUUACCAAUGUAGAGAAUGUGGAAAGACCUUUGCCCAGCACUCAAAUCUAUCUGCACAUCAGAAAAUGCAUAUUGGAGAGAAACCCUACCAAUGUAAAGAAUGUGGCAAGGCCUUUGCUGGAUCCUCAACCCUUAAGGAACAUCACAGAAUCCAUACUGGAGAGAAACCUUACAAGUGUAAAGAAUGCGGCAAGGCCUUUAACUGGUCUUCAUCCCUGAAUCAACAUCACAGAAUCCAUACUGGAGAGAAACCUUACCAAUGUAAAGAAUGUGGCAAGGCCUUUACACAUCGCUCAUCCCAGAUUCAACAUAACAGAAUCCAUACCAGAGGAAUUAUCUGUAAUGAAUGUGGCAAGGCCUUUACCCACAACGCAGAUAUUACCAAACAUCACAAAAUCCAUACUGGAGCAAAACCUCACCAAAGUAAAGAAUGUAGCAAGCCCUUUAAGAACUGCUCAGCUCUGAAUCAACAUCACAGAAUCCAUACUGGAGAGAAACCUUACAAGAGUAAAGAAUAUGGGAAGGCCUUUAACUGGCCCUCAGCCCUUAAUCAACAUAACAUAAUCCAUACUGGAGAGAAACCUUACCAAUGUAGAGAAUGUGGAAAGACCUUUACCCAGCACUCAAAUCUAUCUGCACAUCAGAAAAUUCAUCUUGGAGAGAAACCUUACCAAUGUAAGGAAUCGGGCAAGGCCUUUACGUACCGCUCAUACCUUAUUCAACACCACAGAAUCCAUACUGGGGAGAAGCCUCACCAAUGUAAACAAUGUGACAAGGCCUUCACCCAAGAAUCAAGCCUUAGUCGACAUCACGGAAUUCAUACUUGAUGGAAACCAAUGUAAAGAAUGUUCUAUGGUCUUUAAUCAUUCUUUAAUCUUUACUUUUACUGCAGAAUUCAUACUAGAGCAAAUCUUCCAAACUUAAGGAUAGUGCAAAACGUUUUGUGGACAGCUCACCCCUUACUUCCCAUUGGAAAAUGUAUCCUGCAGAAUAACCACGGAAUACUAAAGAAUGUGUCAAGGCUUUGAAGCAAUGCUACACCCUGACUCCUGAUCGAAGAGGGAACACUGGGGAGGACUUUGCAAAUAUAAAGAAUUUGGGAAGCCUGUUCAUCAGAGGUGAAGCUUCAGUCUGCAUCACAGAACUCAUACUGGAGAAAACACUUAAUCUAUGAGGAAU